GACCUAGGUAAUUGGUAGGGGCGCGGCUUGAGCGGCGUCGUCAAGGGCAGGAGUGCAGCGUCGCCAGCUUGGACGCGGGCGGUCCGUGCAGAGGGGAGGCGGCACGUUAGCCGGACCUGGCUGCCUAGCAGCGGCACGAUGAGCCUGGCCCUCAGGAAUGAGCUCUCAGCAGACAAAACUAAAAAGAAGAAAAGAAGAGAACUGACUGAGGAACAGAAGCAAGAAAUUAAAGAUGCCUUUGAAUUGUUUGAUACAGACAAGGAUAGAACGAUAAAUUAUCAUGAAUUAAAGGUGGCAAUGAGAGCCUUGGGCUUUGAUGUGAAAAAAGCUGAUGUCCUGAAAAUACUUAAAGAUUAUGAUCGAGAAUCAACAGGCAAGAUCACUUUUGAAGAUUUUAAAGAAGUUGUGACUGAUUGGAUACUGAACAGAGACCCACAAGAAGAAAUACUCAGGGCAUUCAGAUUGUUUGAUGAUGAUGACUCUGGUAAAAUAAGUCUGAGAAACCUGCGCCGGGUUGCGAGAGAAUUGGAUGAAAAUAUGUCUGAUGAAGAACUGCGGGCUAUGAUUGAAGAAUUUGAUAAGGAUGGAGAUGGAGAAAGUUCAUGGAAGGCAGUGGAGCUGUUGCAUCUCCUGUUACAGCGCAACUGAAUACUGGAUAGGGUCUGGAGGCUUCAAAUUCUUAUAUCAUGCUAGUUUUAGGGGUCUUCCAUGGGAACCUUCUGCAGACAUCUGACAGUGAGUUCAUGGUGCUGUACUGAGUACAUCAGGCUGAUCUGUGUUAGAACACAGGCUUCAAUGCAAGGAAAUGUGUUAAUUCCAAUUUUGUUCUUGAAAAAAAUAAAGGACAAUAUAUGUAAUCUACUAGGCAAUCACUGUUUUUAAGCUGCUAUGAAGAUCUGUGAUCAAUAAGAGAUAGAAUAAAUGACCUAUAAUGCCCCAAUGAUAAUAAUAGUUAUGACCUUGUAAUUUAAUACAGGCUUGUAGCAUUUAAUUUCUUGUUUUUUCAUAUUGCUCAAUGAACAUUUAAAAAUGUGCAGUAAGUUUUAUAUCAGAUUUCAUUCACUUGAAAUCAUAAAAAGAUUACUUUUUCUUUUCUUUAGCAGAUCUAAAAAUCAAAAUGACCUAAAUGUGUUGCUAAUCUAAUUUGAUUGCAGCCUGUAAACUAUGUGUUUUAGAGAACCCAAGAAUCUGGUGGCUCUGAGUCUGUUUUUCCCUUUAGUUUUGGAAAGAACUAUUUACAUGGAAGGGUAAUGAUAUUAAAAUUAAUAAACUAAGGAGUGACUGAAAGAAAUUUGUGUGUUCUGAAAUUGAUAAAAUGUGUUCUCUUUGUCUAAAAGUGAGUUGGUGCCAAAAGAGUGGUCUCAAACUCAUGUGAAAGAUUAAUUUCAUUAUUUGUUUGUUUGUUUGCAUAGCUUACAAAAUCUCUGUGUAAAUAAGCACUACAUCCUAAAUCCAAACUAGCAAGGUCAACAGCACUGUUUAUUUAGGCCAGAGUAUACAAUUUAAGCACCCCAAACCAACUAAUACAAACAAGAAUAUAAUUACUACUAAUUCUUACUAUUUUUUUGUAAACUGUUCCUGGUGUAUGACAGAUUCUUAUGCUUGUUUUAUAUUCUGAGACACAUAGUAAUAUGACUCCAGUAUCCCUCUUUUAAAUUGCUAUAAUGUUAACUGCAGUUUGAAAUAACUGCAAAGUUUAAUAAUCUGUAGAAUUAUGUGAAACUGCAUUUUUUUCCUUCAUGAACACCAGUUUUUUCUGCUCAUUAGAAGCAAACUUUUUGAAUUGUAACUGGCAUCCUUCCUCAGAACUUGAUCUAGGAGUGCAUGAUAGAUUUGGAUAUUUUGCUAUAUUUGCAUUUUAAAAUCCUAACUUAGAAAAGACAAACAAAUGUAAAUCGUGGGAAUUCAGUGAAAGGAAUCCAGAAAAUCUACCAGGAUCUACUAACUUGCCAUUUAAUCUAAAUACAAAAUAGGCACAGCAGUUGGGCAACUGUAUGUUUAUAUACAGCUCCACAUUUUUGACUGAAAAGAGAGCUUUCUUAAUAUAGACUAAAGUGUGAUUUUGCAUGAAAAAGUGAAUCUGUAAACUUAGCAUCAUGUUUAUUGUCUCAGUGACUUUUCAAAUUCCAAACUUGAUAUGUACACUGGCACAGCAACUUGUUUAUCCUAUCUAAAAGCUCAGUCUGAGGUCAGCAAGUCUAGCUACAUUCAAGGGCCCAAAAUGAAUGCAAUAGUACAUCUGUGGGAAUGGUUGCAUAAUUCAACAUCUUACCAAGUCACCACAUCAAUCCAGGGUUGUGGUGGUGAGGACUUCUAAUAAUGCUUCUGCCUUGUCUCUAAGCUUCUCCACCCUAUAAUGUGUUUUCCUGUCUUCCUCCCUUCUGUUUUCCACACAAAAGGGAAAAUGGAAAUGCCUGGUUUCUUCCCAAAUGACUAAACAUUGAAGUAAAGACUGGGAAAACAGCAAGGCUUUCAAAUGAAGGAAGUACUUUUCUUGUUGCUAACCUAAGGCUAGACUCUGUUAAAGGAGUCAUUCACCAGUAGCAAAUCCUUUUCCAUGCAGCCUUCCAGUGUCACCAGCUCAGCUCAUCCUGCAAGGCACUUUUUAGAUGGAUUUACACCACCACAGUCCCAUUCCUGGCAACAUGUAGGCCUGGGUAAACGGGAGGAAUGUGUGUACUUAAUACCUGAGGCAACCCUGAAGUCCUUGCUGACAAGUGCCUUCACAAGACAUAGAGAGCCAAUCUGUGAUUUCUAAAUGCCACUCUGAAGAUGAGUGCAAGUUACUGUAUUUGGUAGGGCCAUGGCUGUAAUGCACAAGUACACAGAACUUUUAUUGUCUGUAAACAUGGUACAAAAGAGCUGAUUCAGCCUUUUUGAAGGGGACAGUGCCCUGCAGUCCUAGAACUGCAUAAUGCAAGUCAGCUCACCUGUGAGUGGAGUAGUUAUUAGAGCACUCUGUCACUACCAUUGCAGUCUUAGUCAGGCUGUAAAUGUCAGGUUGUUUGGUUGCUGUUUUUUUUUCCUAAUACAUUGUGAAAGACAUUGUGAAAGGAUGCUGCUUCAGCAUUGUGUGAUGAGAUCAUUUGGUUUCAGAUAGCCCAAGUAUAACUCCAAGAAUGUCCUGCUGAACAUCUACACAAACUGAUUUUCCAUCCUGAAAGAUUUUCUUGUAUUAAUAGAAGAGGUUUGGUGAUGAUUUUUUGGUUUGGUGUUUUGGGGUUUUCUUUGGUUUGUGUUUUUUUUGUUUUGUUUUGUUUUGUUUUUUGAACAGAAAUUAAGUUGUUACUGAAAAACAAAACAGGCUGCCAUCCCUUUUUCUUUUCUGGGCUAAAGUCCAAUUUUACACAACAGUCACAGAGAAAAAGCAAACACAUCUCUAGAUUCAGCAAGAAAUAUUAAACCAGUAUGUAAGUUCUGUCAAGAUAAAAUACCUUUGUGAUUUACAUUACAAUUAAUCCUGACCUUUAAGUCUUGCAGACUAAUCUGUAAAGUACUUUAUCACUGAAUCAACAUGUGAAACUGCAGCAAAGUGACUGUUUGUCCCACUGUGGUGCCACUGAAGAGCACAUAGGAAAGCAGAUUAUAGUGCAUGGUGCCCCAUGCAUCGCAGCUGUGAUGUAACUGAAAUAUCUACUGUGGAUUAAUAGAGUGACUUGCUACUGCUGUAGGAAUUGAAAGUUAAUAUUUUUAUGAAUACAGAGCAUAUAACAUUUAAUUUACAUGAAUCAGGAUAUUUAGAAUUAAGUUUAAAAAUCUGGGCUGGUUUUCUAACAAUAAUUCUCAGAUCGUUUCCUUAUAUCUCGCUGCCCUCAUAAAUUUUAUUUCCAUUUUUUUUAAGGAUAAGUUGUGUGUCAGCACAGAUAUUGCAGCCUUAAUUUAAACUUUUUUGGCUUUUGUCUCUCAACACAUGUUGUUUGAAUGCAACCUUUAGUAGAUGUGUCAUUUCUGGCACUUCAUUUAGUCUUCUCUUGUUCUUUUUUUUUUGCAGGGAAAAGAAUCCUCAGAAUGAAUAUUUCAGUUUCUUUAAUUUACCCAGUGGUCACUACCAGACAACACAUAAUAUUCACCAGAUGGUGUAAGCAGGUUAUCAAGUAGUUAUUAAAACAGGAGUUCUUGACACAUUAUCCAAUAACAAAGCCCCUAAUUUUAUUGUGUCAUGGCUUGCUUGGAGCAAGUGCAGUAUACAACUUCCUCAUGACGGAAAGAGGAGGAGUAUAUACUGCCCAGUGACAGGACUUGAGUAUAUGGUGUGAAGUGGUCUCAUAGGAGGUUCAAGAUGGGUAUUAGAAAAAGGUUCUUCACCCACAGGACACUGAAACAGGCUCCCCAGGGAAGUGCUCACAACAUCAGGCCUGACGUGUUCAAGAUGUGUUUGGACAAUGUUCUCAGGCACAUAGUGUGACUCUUGGGAUGGUGCUGUGGAGGCUGAAGAGUUGAACUUGAUGAUGGCCCUGUGGGUCCUUUCCACCUCAGAAUAUUCUGUAAUUCUUUGAAGUGUUGGUAGGAACCUGAUACCAUGGAAAAAGUUUAUCUGGUCUUUCUCCAGUCUUUGGGUCAUGGCACCAGUUUCUAUUUUAAUUUUGUUAUAUGUAUUAUUCCAAGGCCACUUACGUUGUCUGAUACAUGUCAAUCAAUAUAUGUCGCUUAUCUUGGA